AGAGGUUCCCGGAUGCUGAUGCGAGUGAGACGAAAGAAGGAAGAGGAGAGAGAAAAUAUCGAUUUACGGCAAGAAAACCGAGGGCAGAGGAGUACACAGGCCUUUUACCCCGUGUGAACUGAAUUUCUGGGAGAUAAGGAGAACCGUGCAGACCACAUUAGAGUGGGUUUGUGCGCGGAUAGCUCUGUGUUUUUUUUUUUACCUGUAAAGCAGCUGGUGAGGUAGGAGGACACGCCAAAGGAGAGAGGAGAAGAUGCUGUGAUCCGCUACUUGCUGGGAUGUAGAGAUGAGGAUGGAGUCCGCUGCGCUAAAACGGUUGUUUGGCGAUGGAUACGCGCUUAAAUUCUAAAUAUUGUCAGAAUGUGGCGGCCGUCUGGUAAAUGUUACCGUUUCUAGACGUCUGAAAAGUUCAGGAGGGGUUUAUUAUUUUGACAGGCGGCUCACAUCGGGAGACGGCCGCUGGUCAAGGCGGCGAAGCUAACGCUAGCCUCGCUGCUGUGUGGGAGAGCGGCGGCGAGGCUAAAAUAGCAUGUUGUGGCACCUGUAAUAGGCCAGAGUUAAAUACAUCCCACAGAGUUUUACUUGUCUUGCCUACCACUAGCAUAGUUGUUGAUGAAAUGAAGCAAAUGUACCUCGUUUCGAGAUAAAUAUUUUAUAUAAGUGCGGUUGACCGAAAGGCUUAUGUCAUGUAGUGUUUGGAGAGCUGCCUCUAAAUUGGUGUUUAAACUAAUAAAUAUUCCUAAAAUUGCAUUGAUGCAUUACUGUUUAGGUGCCAUGUUGUCUGUCUGCUUUAAAACUUAAGCCAAAGCAACUGCUUUUGUGUUUACUCAUCGGCUGUGUGAAUGUCACCAAAUAUCCCAUUCUUUAAAAAUAACUAUAUACUCAGUAGCGUCCAUCAAUGUUACACAUACAUAGUUUAGACUUUUAGCUGGUGCGGCAUAAGUUGUCCACACCACAUCCAUUGCAAUAAUCACACUGUAUUGGAGUUGUCGCUUGUUGAACUCCAGUAAGAGCAGUAUGAGUAAGGAACUGUCUUUAAGUCAGUCCGCUCAAUAUGUUGGGCCCUAUCGCCUGGAGAAAACACUGGGAAAGGGGCAGACAGGGCUGGUCAAACUUGGAAUCCAUUGCAUCACGGGUCAGAAGGUAGCGAUCAAAAUAGUCAACAGAGAGAAGCUCUCGGAAUCAGUUUUGAUGAAGGUUGAAAGGGAGAUUGCCAUUCUGAAGUUGAUUGAGCAUCCGCAUGUGCUGAAGCUGCAUGAUGUUUACGAGAACAACAAAUAUCUAUAUCUAGUGCUGGAGCACGUGUCUGGAGGAGAGCUGUUUGACUACCUGGUAAAGAAAGGACGGCUAACCCCAAAAGAGGCACGGAAGUUUUUCAGGCAGAUUAUUUCUGCACUGGACUUCUGCCACAGUCACUCCAUUUGUCACAGAGAUCUGAAGCCAGAGAACUUGCUCCUGGAUGAGAAGAACAACAUCCGUAUUGCUGACUUUGGAAUGGCCUCACUACAGGUGGGAGACAGCCUGUUAGAGACCAGCUGUGGCUCCCCACAUUAUGCCUGCCCUGAGGUCAUCCGGGGAGAGAAGUAUGAUGGGCGAAGAGCGGACGUGUGGAGCUGUGGGGUCAUUCUUUUUGCUCUGCUGGUGGGGGCCUUGCCAUUUGACCAUGACAAUUUGCGUCAGCUCCUGGAGAAAGUGAAGAGUGGCGUAUUUCACAUGCCGCACUUCAUCCCCCCAGACUGCCAGUCCCUUUUGAAGGGCAUGAUUGAGGUCAACCCUGAAAAGAGGCUCACGUUAGAGACCAUUCAGAAACACGCCUGGUAUCUGGGUGGUCGCAACGAGCCAUGUCCUGAGCAACCUCCUCCCAGGAGAGUGUGUGUGAGACGAAUCUUGUCCCUGACUGAGCUGGACCCAGAUGUGUUGGAUAGCAUGCACUCUCUCGGGUGCUUCAGAGACAGAGUCAAGCUCACGCGUGAUCUGCAGUGUGAAGAAGAAAACCAGGAGAAAAUGAUCUAUUAUCUACUGUUGGACAGAAAAGAACGCUACCCCAGCUAUGAGGACGAGGAUUUGCCGCCACGCAAUGACGUAGCAGACCCUCCCAGAAAGCGAGUGGAUUCUCCGAUGCUAACGCGUCAUGGACGCUGCCGCCCAGAGAGGAAGAGUCUAGAGGUGCUGAGCGUAACUGAGCAAGGGUCUCCUACUCCACCUCGCCGGGCUCUGGACACAGCUGCACACAGUCAGAGGUCCCGGUCAGUGAGUGGAGCAUCCACUGGGCUCUCAUCCAGCCCACUCAGCAGCCCACGGUCCUAUCAAAGUCCCAUCUUCACUUUCAGCCAAUCAGACGUCACCUCUGCCACCGCCACUCCCCUCACAAAGGAGUCCAAACCAGGAAGCGCCACAACUCCUCGCACAGCUCGGGCUCAAGACAAGCCCAAAGCUCCCCCCAAUCCAAAGACUCAGACCCUGCCCACGAAGGGACCUGGGGACCGACCCCAUCUGCAGUCCAUCAAAUCCCUACCUCUGCACAACCCAUGCUCUCGCUCCCCUUCCCCCUCCCCACUUCUGUCACCUAUUCCCCGUUUCUUCUUUCCUUCGUCCUCUGUCCUAAAGUCCGUGACUAAGAGCUUCUACCCAAACUCUGCCCACUCUUUGCCGCAGGUGACUCCUCAGGGCUCACCGUUACCCACACCCUUGGGGACCCCUGUUCACCACCCUCACCAUCCUUCCUCUACCCCGCCUUCCUCGUCCUCGUCCUCAUCCUCUUCGCGUGCAGAGGGCGGGGGAGGGGUGGGGUCCUUGUCGCUGACUCCUCCGUCCAGCCCAGGAGGAGGCAGUGGCAUAGCAGCCAGCAGCUCUGCCCACUGGAGGACUCGCCUAAAUUCAUUUAAAAAUAACCUUCUGGGUUCACCACGGUUUCAUCGCCGUAAACUGCAAGUUCCUACAUCAGAAGACAUGUCCAGCCUAACGCCUGAGUCCAGCCCAGAGCUGGCUAAGAAGUCGUGGUUUGGAAACUUCAUUGGGCUUGAGAAGGAGGAGCAGAUCUUUGUGGUGAUCCGGGAUAAACCUCUGAGUUCGGUCAAGGCGGACAUCGUGCAUGCCUUCCUGUCUAUCCCCUCACUCAGUCACAGCGUCCUGUCCCAGACCAGCUUCCGAGCCGAGUACAAAUCCUCCGGCGGCCCCUCCGUCUUCCAGAAGCCAGUCAAGUUCCAGGUGGACAUUGCUUUCUCCGAGGGCGAGAGGGACAGGGAGAGGACAGAGAGGGAGGGAAGGCGGGAGACGGGAAUCUACAGUGUGACAUUCACCCUCAUAUCAGGUCCCAGCCGCAGGUUCAGACGAGUGGUAGAGACGAUCCAAGCCCAGCUUCUGAGUACCCAUGAUCAACCCCUGGUGCAAGCCCUGUCUGAUCCCUUCCCAGAUGAGAAGAACGGCCGACCCCAUGGCACCCCCACCCGCCAAAAUUCCCGGCGUUCCGAGGGUGGGGGUGACAGGUGCGAGUGGGGCGAUCGAGCAGAUGGCGGAGGCAUAGGAGGCAGCGGGGGAGUUCUGCAGCGCCGAGGCUCAGCGAAAGAGAGAACCCGACUUCUCUCCUCCAAUGGAACCCAGUCACAACCGUAGGAUAGCGACUGACGUCAUACAGCAGGAUGUCUGAACCACAGGACAACGGUUCUGUCAUCGCCACUGUUCCUGCAAGCAACAAGCUAUCUAUUCUCUUCCUCGCCUACAUUAUAAAAGGUGCUGGACCGUGACCAAGGUCGCACCUGUUCCCUCAUUGUGCUUUUUUUCCUGAAUCACCUGGAUCACCAGAUUCCUACCCUUAAAUGAUUAGUAGAUAUUUUAAGGAAAUAACUAUGUGAAUAAGCAGGUUGGUAUCCAUCGCACAGCUUCACAGAUCAAAAUAGGAAGUGCAUGCCAG